AUCUAAUUAUAUCUCAUUUAGACUGAAGACUAAAACACGUUAAAAAUCAAUCGCUUAAACCCACGGUUGAAAAAGUCUACGAGAAAUGUGUGGCCAAUAAUCGCUUAUCUGCUGAUCUGUUAUAUAAUAAUUUGCUAUUAAGUUAUAUAACAAUUGUCGACAACAUAUAUAAACAAUAAUAAUAGAGAGCAUUAGAGAUGAAUAAAAGAAAUGGUGUUUCUCUGUGAAUAAAACUAUGUAUUCGUUACGUCCGGCGCGCUCUCUGCCCUCAUUAAGUGGAAGGCGAUCCAGUUAUCAUCACCACUACCACCACCAGUCAUCCAUCAACUUAAUCAACACGAGUCCGACGUUUUACUUCACGCCAGUUAUGCCCAGAAAGAUGAUCGCAAAGCUAUUGCAAUUUAUAUUUUUCGUCAUUUUGAUGGUAACCGUUAUAAUAAACAUACUCUUCAUUGUGGACACAACUCAAAGACUUCGAAGUGAAUCCAAAAUUAGCGACGAUUCCUCUGCAAACGAUGUCAGACCUAAUAGUCUUAAACUACAAGAAAGUCAUAACAGAGUUCUUAAAGUGGAAGUGUUGUCGAGUCAGUCAAAGGUGUCGAUCACUGUCGACGGAACUACAAUUUUAGACGAUUCCGAUGAGAACAAGGGUCGCGGUAUUCAUGUGCUUGUAUUGCAUCAGUCGACCGGUUCAGUGAUGGCUCAGCGACUGUUUGACACGUAUUCGCCACAUGAAGACGAAGCCAUGUCUUUGUUCCUAUCGAUGAUAACUGACGGACGGAUUAUCAUACUUUGCAUCAAAGACGAGGGAACCUUUCAAAUGAAACAAUCGACUCGAGAUGUGCUCAAGAGAUUGGGUUCUCUGCGGUCGCAACAGAUUGGUUGGCGGGAUAUGUGGGCAAUGGUCGCACAAAAAGGGGGGAAAAUGUUGGCCGAGAGUUACAACCGGUCGCCUGAAUUCAACAGUUGGGGCGCACCUGUCAUGCUUCGGGUGGAGAUAGGGCUGAGCUCUGUGUCGGACAGCGAAUGCAAUUGGAGUCAAAACGAUGAGAAUGUGAGACGAAAAAACUUUUGCUCCCAUAUUGAGGGCUACGGUAGUGUCUGCAGCUGUGCAGAGCCGGCACCACUGAGUCUCACCGGAAAAGUAAACUUCUCGGACCCCAUAUCUGCCGUUCCCGUCGCUAUUGUAGCCUCCAAUAGACCGCACUAUUUGUACCGAAUGUUGCGGUCGCUGUUGUCUUCCACGGGAUGUAAUCCAUCGAUGAUUACUGUUUUCAUUGACGGCUACUUUGAAGAGCCUUUGGAAGUGACGAAACUAUUUGGUCUGAGAGGUAUCCAACACACGCCCAUCGGUGUGGGCAACGCCCGUAUUAGUCAGCACUAUAAGGCCAGUCUGACGGCCACUUUCAACCUCUUUCCCGACUCUAAAUACGCGAUUAUAUUAGAGGAAGACUUAGACGUAUCGCCAGAUUUUUUCACAUAUUUUUCUCAAACUAUGAGAUUAUUAGACGAAGACGAGUCCAUAUACUGCAUCAGCGCCUGGAAUGACCAGGACAAUUACGAGCGCCUGAUACACAACUUAUUACGGAAGGCCAUAGUCGUGGACCACUCGAAGAGUCCGUGUGAACACAACUUCAUUCCCGACACCAAAGACCAGACGUACGUCGUGUUCAUCAAAAUGAAUGCCCCCAAAGACUACUCCACUUGGCUGGCAGUCGCCAAAUGUUUGAAAAUCUGGGAUCUGGACCCUCGCGGGUACCACAACUCGAUGUGGAGGUUCUUCUAUAAGGGGAACCACGUGCUGGUGGUGGGCGUCCCCAACAGCCCCUACUCUUCGUUCAAACCCUCUCACGUGACGCCUAUCUAUUUGGAGGACAAGAAGAUAGACGUGAACCGAUUGAAGUGA